AUGGUAAUUUCAGUUUCCCUCAAUGCUGAUUUUUAGGGUAAUUGUUGUUCAGAUCAAAGGUUUCCAAGAAAUGCUUUAAUCUAGGAGGGUUAACAUGUAAAAUUAAAUUACUAAUCAUUUUAGCAAGAAAUAAUUGAAAAGAAAAAAUCGAAUAACCCACCAUCUUCCUCCGAGAUGACUACAAACGUGGACAUGGCAGAUGCUUAUCAAGUAAAAAACAAGUUAAAAUUUAUCAAAAUUUAGAGUGUGAAGCAUCCACUUCUCAAAGCAGUUUAACUAAACAGAGUCAUACCAAGAGAAGAAAUUAAAUAGGCUCCUGUCCUUCAAAUAGAGGUCCUUGAAGGAGGUUCAUUACCCUAAAACAUAUAACUAAAGAUUAAUGCUUGCGGAUUAAUUGGCUCAUUGAGAAAUAAAAAUGAUGGUUAUACAAUACUAGGAAGUUAGCCUAAUACUCCACUUUAGGAAAUGCAAAAUGACUUUGUGAUUAAUUAGCCCAAGGCAGGAAUAGGCAAGAAACACAUGAUAAUAAAGUACAACAAAGAGGAAAAGAGCUACUAUAUUUGUGAUUUAGGAGAUGGGUCUGGUACCUUUAUUCGACUUGAUAUGCCAAUCAUGGACCUAAAAAUGACUAGAUUUUUAAUUUUUCAAGCUAAACUGGAAUUAUAAAAGUUGGACGAACUUCCAAGUGUGAUAUUAAAUUUGAAGAUACAUCGCUCUCAAGAAUUUAGUUCUGGUAAGGCAUAUAUUUCUUAAAUUUUAAGUCUUGUAUUCUUCGAAGGAAACUGGAUUAUUAAAGAUGGAGAUGGGCAGAAGUAAAGUACAAACGGUACAUGGCUAUUCGCAGAUGAACUUUUCAAAAUAUAUGAUCAAAUGGUUUUUAAAGCGGGUCUGACACUUUUUAAAACACAGUUGAUUCCCCCAAUAGUUUGA